AUGAAUCACGUCUCGCCAACGACAAAUGCACACGCGGGUACACACCCGCAGGUUCGACAUGUCAAUCUAAUGGUCGAUACAAUCAUCACAAAUGUCGCCAGCGACGAUAUCCGAACGCUUGUCCGGGCUCUCCUCACCACCUCUCCCGCAAACGUCACAGACCAGUUUUGCUCACUUGCAAAGGCCCAUCUGCAUCACAUGCCCAUCCCUCCUGCUCCCGGCGCUCCAGACUUGUUCACCACGGACCCUAACCCUGCCCCUACCCCGGCAUUUGAGACAGUGCUUGCACGUGCCCGUGCACGCUACGGUGCCGGUCUCGGCUCCUCUAGUAUCCUCGUUCUUCUCCCAAUUGUCGACCUUGCCGCCUCGAUGCAGUGGGAAGAAGGCAGCGCAGUCGAAGAUGCCCUCUCGAUCGUCGACUGUGACAUUGCAGCCGCACUUCUCAACGCCAAAGAAGAGCUCAGGCAGCAAGGAUCCACCGCAGAUGAAGCAAAAGACGCUCUACGACGACUCCGCCACAGCUUGGAGGUUGUAGAAGAAAAAGUCGAAGAGUGGGGUGGCGAUUUCCCCUUUGAGCGUUCACAGGACGCUCUCGCUAGUAUGGAUCUCUGA